AUAGAGAGUAGUUUCCCUUUAAAGCCGGCGUGAAUUACAUAUUUUUAUUUUUUUCCUCGUUUGGGACAAAAUAUACGUUCAAAAUAUAAACCAAAAUGACCGAAAGUGUAAAAGAGAGUGUACCUGUUCAAGAAACAACGAAGGGGGAAAAUCCACGUGUUUUCUUUGACGUUGAAAUCGGCGGCGAACCAGCUGGUAGAAUAUUGUUUGAGCUAUUCAAAGAUGAAGUUCCAAAGACUGCUGAAAAUUUCCGUGCUUUAUGUACAGGCGAGAAGGGCACUGGCCCGUCAGGCAAACCUCUUCAUUACAAAGGAUCUAUUUUUCAUAGGAUAAUUAAAGAUUUUAUGAUACAGGGUGGUGAUUUUACCAAUGCUAACGGAACUGGAGGAGAAAGUAUCUACGGGGAAAAAUUUGAAGAUGAGGGAUUUACUUUGAAGCACGACAUUCCUGGUUUGUUAAGCAUGGCAAACGCUGGUCCAGAUACAAAUGGGUCUCAGUUCUUUAUAACAACUGUACCUACCCCUCAUCUUGAUGGUAAACAUGUUGUGUUUGGUAAAGUUCUCAAGGGAAUGAGUCUUGUAAAAACAUUAGAGAAUAUUGAGAAGGAAGGAGAGAAACCUAAGAAGGAAUGUAGGAUAGCAGACUGUGGAGAGAUAUUACCAGGAGAGGAUGAUGGUUGUGUUGUAGAUGACGGUACAGGAGACAAACAUCCAGACUGGCCAGCAGAAUGUGACAUUGACUUUAAUGAUAAAGAAAAUAUUGAUAAAGUUCUAGAAAUAUGUGCUGAAAUAAAAGCAAUUGGAAAUACGCAGUACAAGGAUAAGAAUUUCUCUUUAGCCAAAAUAAAGUACAGUAAAGCUUUAAGAUAUUUAGAAAAAUUAGAAGAUAGUGAUGUUGAUAUAGAAGAAGAAAAAAUGAAGGUUGUAGAAAAUACAUACAUCAUUCCAUUACACCUUAAUUUGGCAGCAUGUAAACUACAGUUAAAGGAUUACAGCGGAACAGUGGAGGACUGUGAUGAGGUGUUAUCAUUAUCAGGGGAGAAUGUUAAAGCAUUGUUUAGGAAAGGACAAGCUCUUGUUAACUUAAAAGAUUGGGACAAAGCCGAGGAUGCUUUAAAGAAAGCAAUAGCUUUAGAACCAAAUGAUAAAGGUAUAAGACGAGAAUUAGAGAAGACAAAGAAAGCCAUGCAGGAAGAGAAAGUCAAGGAGAAACAAAUGUAUGCUAGAAUGUUCUCAUCAUGACCACCUGUAUCUUAGUUCCUCGUUAACAUUACCAAACAUUGACAACAUACAUGUACUACAUUAAUACACUUCUACAUGUAACUGUACAACAAUAUGCACUCUACACAAUUAACACACAGUCUAUUUAUAUGGACUAUUUUUGCAUUGAAUUUUAUGUAUGUUUUACAUUGUUUUGAAUGUUUUAUGAAUUAUAUACUGGUAAAUUGGGUCUUGAUAAUUAAGGUAGACACUAAAGAGGAACAAAAUGUACACCACAUGUUUAUCAUAAUACUGUAUGAUGGUAAUUUUAGUAAACUAUAUUGAUGUUUUUGUAGCUAAUUUUUAACUCGAGAGUAGAAGUUUAAUAAUAUUGAUAAAUGUCACAAAUUUGUUCGCAGCCAAAAUGUUAAUGAUCAAAAAUGUUAGUUUCUAUACAUAUUUUACACUUUUGUACUGCCAUUUUUUAUACAUUGAUGAAUUCAAUUUUAAACAGACAUGUAAUAAUCAAGACAGGUGAUGUUUAUUUUUAUUCUGAAUCUUCGAUGCUAAAUUUCUUUGUAAUAACUGUUCAUAUAGUGUCCUGUAAAUCUUGAAUGUAAUUUAACUAUAUAGUCCCAGUUUGUUAUUCUAAGAAUCAGUUAAUUUGAUCAAGUUUUAAAUUUCUAUUUUAAUAUUUUUGUUGAUUGAGAACACUGUAUUUGUUUAAGAUGAUUAAUUUUUGUUAAGAUAAUAUAACAGUAAGCUUCAAACUUACAUCAUUCCUGAAUAAAUAAAUUUGUCGUGACUUCA